AUGAAACACAUGCAAGAUUGCAAGUUCUUUUCAUACAAUGCUCUCGCUACUGCCAUCAAGAAUGAGUUCAAUAAUGCUUCAAAUGUUAAUGUUAUCUUUAACAAGAAGUUUGUGAAAGAAUCUAAGUUUGGUCAGUAUGUCAGACCAUUAGCUAUCGUCAUUGACCGCAAACGUUAUACUUCACAAGAGUUAGCAGUAGUUUUGAAACAAAAGAGUUUCUUCGUGAAUGUCAAAGAUACUCAUUAUACUGUUGUUAUAAAGAACUCUAAUAUUGACUUCUUCAGUAUUGCUUUAAAUCUUUCCGAACAGAAAGAAUAUAAGAAGGGUGAAACAAAUGUGAAAUAUUAUCCUUCAUCUCUGAAGACAAUAACGAACAAAGAUGUUAUACAGAAAUUCUUACCAAAGGUUGAAGAAGCUUCUAUUGACAUUGACGAAGGAAGUGAAAUGGUUGAAGAAAUAGACCCUGAAGCUGUUUAA